UUUUGCAGUAAAUUGUGCUGGAAAGAUGGCCCUAGAACGGCUUCGCAAGCUGUGGAAUCCAAAAAAUUUCUACGCAGCACAAAGACCCAUACUGAGGACCACGUUUCUAAUGGGAAUGACGCCCUUCACAGUGAUAUGUAGGCCCUCUGGAUCGGUUUUGGAAUGUACCUUGUUUGGAUACAUAAAUUCAAGCAUCAAUGCGGUCAUCUUCUGUUCGUGUUAUGUGAUCGCAUUAUACAAGUGGGAGAGUGUCAAUGGGCAUAUGUUCAGUACCGAAAUCAGCACACUUGGGGAUGUUCUGCAAAUGUUGAUCGGAUUAUCGGCACUUGUGAUGACCUUCAUCUACAGUAUCGUACAGCGAAAUAAACUGAUACACGCAUUCCACUCCGUUGCUAAAACCGACGAACAUUUCAGGGAGAUCGGAGUUGAGACGGAUUACAAGAGCACUCUCAAAUUUAACUACCUGAUCAUAGGCGUACAAAUUUGUGUCCAUUUAACAUACUGUGUGGUAUCCGUAUUAAUUUUAAGCAGUUCGGGUGUAUAUCCUUGCAUCACAGCAUGGGUUUCGUACUUCUACCCGUUCCUCAUGAUGUCAAUGGUUACCGUGCUGUUUAUUUGUCUGGUUAACCAGGUGAAACAUCGGUUCUAUCUGUUGAAUAAAAUUCUCCAAACCCUAAGAGAAAUCAGCACGGAAAAGCAGGUUGCGACGAAUAAUGGGAAGCGGAAAGACGAAGAAGUUAAGCAGUUCAGGAAGCCUCUGAGAAUAUCCUCGACAUUCUGGAACAACAAUCGCCACAUGCCGGAGGUAAUCAAUCAAGUUGCUAUAAUUCAGGGCGAACUCUGCGACGCGUGCAACGGCGUUGAGGACUACUUCAGUGUUCAAAUGUUAGCCAUUGUGACGAUUUCCUUCGUGAUAUCGGUGUUCGAUUCGUACUACAUUCUGGAGACGAUUAUCGCCGAUAGCUUUACGCACUGGCCCUUCAGUAAGGCGCAAUUUGUUGCUUUUUUCCUCUAUCAAGCUGUCGUAUACGUCGUUGGAGUGAUCAAAAUUGUCUACUGGAGCAAUUCAGCAGUUAAAGAAAAUGAAAAAAUUGCUGUCAAUGUCCAUAAGCUGAUCAAUGCGAAUAACUAUGAUGAGGAGUUGACUAGACAGUUAUCACAUCUUUCCUUACAAUUAACGCACCGGAAAGUUACUUUUACGGCAUACGGAUUUUUCAAUCUAGAUUUCACUCUUCUAUUCACUCUCAUUGGCGCAGCAACGACUUAUCUUGUGAUUUUAGUUCAAUUUUCUUUGAAUCAAAAUGCACCAUGCGGUCAACCACUUAUCAACACAACUCAGGCUUCAUUAUUAUUAAGAAAUGGAUCAAUGUUCUAA